AUGAGUGGUCUUCUCAUUGUAGACGUGUCACAAAAUUCAAUAGAGGGAGAAGUUCCAUCAGAUAUUGGAGGACUGAAAACUAUUGUAGAACUAGAUCUUUCUUGUAACCACUUUUCAGGCAUGAUACCAAGCCAAUUGGGGGACCUCCAAAACUUGAAGUCUCUUGACCUGUCGAAUAAUUCAUUUUUAGACUCAAUUCCAUUAUCCUUUGCCAAGUUGAUAAGCUUAGAAUACUUGGAUUUGUCUUUAAAUGCCUUGUCAGGUAGUAUUCCUAAGUCUUUGGAAAAACUCUUGUAUCUUAAAACCAUUAAUGUUUCAUUUAAUAAUUUAGAAGGUGAAAUACCCAAUGAUGGUGUGUUUGUAAAUUCCACUCUACAAUCAUUUCUUGGGAACAGAGGUCUAUGUGGAAUGCACAUAUUGGAGGUUCCUACUUGCCCUAUCAAUAAUCCUGGGAAACAAUUAAAGUCUAAGGAGCUUAUGCUAAAAAUUGUUACUCCAGUGGUUAUUUCAUCCUUUAUGAUACUCUUGUUGAUCUCAAUUUGGAUAAUGAAACGAAAGAAGAUAGGAAAGUCCAAGGAUGUUGAAAAGGUUUUGGAGAUCAGGACUUAUCAAUUGAUUUCUUAUCAUGAGAUUCAACGAGCAACAAAUAAUUUUGAUGAAUCAAAUUUAAUUGGUGAGGGAAACUCUGGUUCUGUGUACAAAGGCACAUUAUCUAGUGGAACUGCAGUGGCCAUAAAGGUUCUAGAUUUGGAAAAUGAGAAAGUAUGCAAGAGGUUUGAUACCGAAUGUGAAGUGAUAAGAAAUGUUAGGCACAAAAAUCUUGUCCCUGUGAUUACUACUUGUUCUCGUGAUUAUAUAAGAGCCUUUGUUCUGCAAUUUAUGCCCAAUGGAAGUCUGGAGAAUUUGUUGUACAAAGAAGAGCCCAACUUGAACCUUCUUCAAAGUGUCAUUGUAAUGCUUGAUGUAGCCAUGGCAAUUGAAUAUCUACAUCAUGGUAAUGUCACUCCAAUAGUUCAUUGCGACCUAAAGCCAACUAACGUUCUUUUGGAUGAAGAUAUGGUGGCUCAUGUUGGUGAUUUUGGAAUCUCUAAAAUUUUAGCCGUAAGCAAGUCCAUGGCACAUACUGAGACACUAGGAAGUCUUGGUUACAUUGCACCAGAAUAUGGCUUGGAGGGAAUAGGAUCCACUAGUGGUGAUGUUUAUAGCUACGGCAUCAUGUUGAUGGAGGUUUUGACCAAAAGAAGGCCAACAGAUGAAGAGAUAUGCAAUGAAAAUCUUGACUUGAGGAAAUGGAUAACACAAUCAUUUUCAGGGACUUUGAUGGACGUUGUGGAUGCCAAUCUUUUUUCUGAGGAAGAACAAAUAACUUCUAAAAGUGAAAUCUGCAUAGGCUCCAUGAUAGAAUUGGCUUUAGACUGCACAAAGGAAAUGCCAGAAUCAAGGAUAACCAUGAAAGAUGUAGUCAAAAGGCUUAACAAAAUCAAGAACGAAUUUUUGGAAAUGUAG